AUGCCGUCUGACACUCUUCCGGCAAGAAGUACCGGGGUUGCCAGGUUUGCCUCCCCGGAAGCCACCCAGAUCCCAUCCCGUACACGAGUAAUGGUGGACAAUGGCUCCAUCAUCUCCAGAUCUGCUUCCUUAAGGCUGAAAAAUAGCAUCAAGGCCCGCACUCGAACCAUCAAAACCAGGCCAGCUCUUAAUAGCAAACCCUCAGACCCUGACAGCAGCGGAAGGCCGACCGCUGCUAAGCGAGCUAGCUUGGGAGAGCGCCUCACCCGGUUUUUGUUUCCGGUGGAACGUAAAACCUCGCUCAAACGGAAACUGAAACUACGUCAGUCCAGAGGCACCACUGCAAACCACGUUAGCAAAGAAGCUCUCUACAAGUUUUUGGACACCAUUGACCCUACAGUGUGGAAUAGUUUUGUCCCAUUGGGUGACAACGGCAAAGCCACCAUCCAGUACCACGAAGUGGAUAGUACAUAUAGCAUGGUCCCGGGCUUGAACGCAUACAAAUACACCACGCAGCGCGAUGGCGUUAACAACCUUGUGGUAGGGGAGAUGGUGGGAAAGGAUCUCACCAGACGAACAGAAAGACGACUCCAGAGAUCCAACGCUAUGAAAAGAAGACAGCAUGUGAUCAAGCUCGGAGGCUCCCAACGAAGACUGAAGUCCAAGGCCGGGUUGAGGCCGAUCAUUAGUCUGCCAAUUCCAACCUACGAUUUAAUGAGAAAGUCUGUUUUCGAAAGAAAGUCCCAAAAACCGCUACUGGCAGCCGAGUUGCAUGAGGCAUACGCGAAAGUUGCGGUGAAUGGGAACAAGCUCACCCAAAGGGACAUUGACGAUCUAUGCGCAAAGUUGGCCUGGGAGUUGCUCUUGAGAAGGGUCGUUAGCCAAAAGAUUCAGUACAGAGUUUCCGCCAACAAAAGGUUCAGCGAUCGGUCUGAGUCGGAAUGCGAUGCUGUCGGAAAUAUACAUAACCACACAGGAGCCCCGGUUGAGGCUUGCUCUGACAAUGAAUCUGUCAUCAAGAGAUUCUCCACCUACUUAACGUAUGAAGCGCAACAGGGGGCCCCAUCAACGUCGUCGGUGUUCACCACACAGCGCAGCUCCGCUUCUUCCCACGAAUUGCGCGCCUACGGCUACACCAGCUCGCAGUUGUCGUCUAUCGAGUUGUUCGAUGGUCACGGACAAGCGGUGACGUUACCCCCUCCCUUGGUCCCGUCUACUUUAGAGCUCAGUGACGAAUCGAAUGAGGACGAUGAUGAUGCCUCUUCCGCCCAUACUGGCGAAAUGACGGACAACGCUUCCUUAACCCGUCUCUCACUCGAUAAUUCUGAGGGGUCCAAUCUCAACCAUAUUUCGUCUAGCAGAGAUUCCUUUACCCCCCUUUCGUAUCUCAUUCAGAGCAAACCUAGCGAAACACGUGAGCAUCUAUCGUCUUCUCCCUCCCUUUACCAGAACCGAUCCUUUGCCGGGGACACUGAAACCCCCCCUAACAUUAUGAUUCACAGUCUGAGCAGCUCUGGCGAGAUCCAGUCUAUCUAUCGAAGUAACGACUCUUCUGUGGAACUUCCACAGGGCCAAUCUCGUGACUUCCGCUCGCGCCAGGUAGAGGGCCACUCCCUGGCCCGCCUACGCUCCACCCGAGUGGUUGCCAAAAACGUACGGUCGAAUCAGAGCCAUUUCGAUGUCAAAUCGCAUACAGGCUCGUUCUCAAGUGCGGGGAGUAUACGUAAUUCGUUAAAGGGAGGGAUCUCGCUCCUCUCCAAGAGGAAUUCCGGCUAUGAAAACAAACCCCUCAGUAUCAAACCCAGCGGGAGACCCGGUAGCGUGUUGUAUACCCCGUGCGAAAGAGCCGAUUCGCUCACCAACCAGUCAGACUUUUCCUUCUCAUCCAAUACGACACAUACCCAGGUCCAUGUAACCAGGUCCCCCAGAAGCAGCAACGAAAUAGACACAUCGCCGGGAAGCGUGCGGCAAAGAAAAAACAAUAGACCAAAACCCUCCGUGCCAACCAAUUACUUGAUGUUUGAAAUGGGAGCAUCCUCGAGCUCGGACCUGUAUGCCGGCACGAAUGUGUCCAGUCUGAGCGGGGAGGGGGCGGUUGUUGGGAGAAGGAGACAGUUUCGGGGUUCCAGAACGGCUGGGAGGAAGCUCGUAGUAGCAAAUCCAGAUACUGUGUCGCCGUCUAGAGAGAGUUUGGGGUCCAUUCUUGAACAUUCCCUUGAUAUCUCCUCGUCUUCAUCGGCACAUCUGAGUAAUCUUUAUGGUUAA